AUGGAGAAGUAAGGUCGCACUGAGGAAAGACGAUUCUGGGAUCAGCAAUGCAACCCGGGGGGGAUGGAGGCUUAUUAUGCAAAGAUGGUUUGGCAGUGUCCCCACGGGGUGGUUCAAGAGAAAGGAGGAGGAGGAGGAGAGACGGGAACUUGUGAGGAGUUGGACCCCGUUGCAAAGUCUCUGCUUGCCGCUGCCGAGUGGAUGGAUGGAUGGAAACCCGCGUGUUCCUGGAGUCCGGAUGGUUCGCGUACGUAUGGGGCCGCCUUUGGAUUGUCUGGUCCGCCUGGAUCCGUUUCUUGGGGAUGGUUCCAAGUUCACCGAACUUGCAGCAGAGCGAUCCGGAGAAGCGACGCUAUCGGAUGACAGGCAGUGCCACCAAGUCAACGACUGGAGGGGGCUGGAACGGACGGGCCUGGGGAUGCCACGGGAAGAGGGGCGCGUCCUGGGCUUCUGGGCUUAGCGAGGUGAGAUCCGGGGAUACGUCCACGAGGUGCAGUUGGUGUUGUGCAGGGUCAAGGACAGGCUUGGAUCCAGGUGAGUUUAGGUUGGUCUGGAAAGAAGAUUGGGAGGGAAGAAAAGAAGAAAGGCUAUCAUAUCCCCGUGGCAAAGCCCCCAGCCCAGCCCAGCCCGCGCCAUGUGCGAACGAUGAUGAUCGAGCGCGGACGAACUCGUGCAGUGUCACUGCAAGGACGUAUGUGGGGAUGGCGACACUAGCAAAAGGUGGAGGGGGUCCCAUCGGCCCAUCCAUCCUUCAAUGGGGCCAACUGCCAAUUUUUCCUGGCGUCACCAAAAGUCACCAACGGACCGCGAGAGGUGGACCCCCAUGUACGGACACGGACUGGAGGCGGCGAAUGUCAGUCGGUCGGUCGGUGCUCGCGAUGCUCGCACACGGCAUUCACUCGGCUGGGUCGGUCUAACGUCAACAAGUGUCAAUCUGGGGAUCAUCAGUACAAACGCACGCGACACAAGCACGGCACCGACAAAGCGCCAGCCAACGCUUGCUUCUUUCCCUGCGCAUCAGGACAGCCGAGGUGUGUCGAGGAACGAGGACUGCAGAGUGCAGGCUGG